AACUCUUCGACCAACUACUUCCAUCUAUACGACAUCAAAGCUUCCAGCUCUCAAGUAUCAAGUAGUUCCGUGCAACCUUCGACAAGUGUUUACUCCUCUUCAAGAAGUGCCUCUUCAUCGUCAAGUGUCUCUGUUCCAACUACUGUGAUUUCUUCAUUGUCAUCGAGUAAAACAUCAAUUUAUUCAUCAUCGUCAAGUGUCUCUGUUCCAACUACUGUGAUUUCUUCA